UUCCUCACUACAACACAAAACUCCCAUCUUUCCUCAGUCUCCUACUUGAUACCAACCUUGUCCGCUGCUACCCCUCUACUAGUGCCAAUCAUCAUGGCCUUGGUUUUUCUCCUCCUAGCUUUCUCUUUGAUGACCGGUGCCUCCGCUGGUAACCUCUACCAGGACUUCCAGAUCACUUGGGGUGAUGGGCGUGCAAAGAUCCUUGAAAACGGGCAGCUCCUCACCCUCUCCCUCGACAAAGCCUCUAGCUCCGGCUUCCAGUCCAAGAACGAGUAUCUCUUCGGCAAGAUCGAUAUGCAGCUGAAACUAGUCCGGAACUCCGCCGGCACCGUCACUGCCUACUAUUUAUCAUCACAAGGACCUACCCAUGAUGAGAUCGACUUCGAGUUCCUGGGAAACCUCAGUGGAGACCCUUACACACUCCACACCAAUGUGUUCGCCCAGGGGAAGGGGAACAGAGAGAUGCAGUUCCAUCUCUGGUUUGAUCCUACCAAGGACUCCCACACCUACUCCAUCCUCUGGAACCCAUUCACGAGCCAAAAGAGGAUGAGAUGGGUGCAGAGAAACUAUAUGAUCUACAACUACUGCACUGACCUCAAGCGAUUCCCUCAGGGCCUACCUCCAGAGUGCUCCAUCGCCUAAAGAGACAUGCAAAA